UGUUUCUCUCUUUUUGCAGAGCAAUGCGUCUGGUCCUGUGGAGAGCCAGUGGAUUUCACAGUGAUUCCCGUCCACCACUCGGAUAUACAGAGUUGAAGUUUUGACACAAGCUCAUCUAAGCAGGGUGUCUGCCUGGGGGUUGACGCUCCCUCCACCGUCCCUCCUCCCCCCUCCUCCACCAACACCACCGCUGGCUCCUCCACCGCUGGCUCCUCAGUCCGAGCAGAGCUGCUCCACUGCAUCUUUAAUAGACGUCUCUCAAAGCAUUGCCUUCCAUGGUUUCUGCCCUGCUCCAGACCCUAUCAUCUUACAUCGUGAAGAUUUGCAAAGGAAUGUUUACAAAGAAAUUGGCGAAUCCCACAAAGAAGAAAGAGAGUAGCGACAAUAAAGAGCCCAAAUUGACCACCACUGAUUUGCGUGACCAAGGUAACCUGACGACGACACUCUCCACCACUCUGAAAACCACAGUGAAAAAAAUCAGCAAAUGCUCUUCGGCGCGUAACAUCUCUCUUGAAUUAGACGACGGAAAAAACGACUGCUCAUCUCUCUCACCGACUUUCAGUUACCGUGUAGCGAUAGCGAACGGACUCCCGAAAAACGCUCUUCUGCUGAACAAUAAUGAGAGUAUCUUCCAGGAGAUCCUCUCCAUCAAUAGCGAAUACUCUGACUCCCUGAGCGAGGCCAAACCUGUGCGUAGAUUCGAUGAGCAGAAAUCUCACACCAUGCCAGUGAGACGGAACAGGAAGAGCCUCAUUAGUCUGGCGCCCUCCGAUGGCAGCUCAGAGGGCGAGAGGGUGGAGCGCUCAAGUCUGCACACUCUCCGACUUGGCGCGCUACGCAAGCUGAGGAAAUGGAAAAAGAGUCAGGAGUGCGUGUCUUCGGAUUCCGAGGUGAGCAACUGGAGGAAGACCCUGGGUAUCCGGAGCAAGUCCCUGGACCGGGCUGGGCGACAGCAGAAGUCGACCUCUGCCUUAGAAGCCGGCUCCAGCUCUACAGGCUGCAUCAACCAAACCCAGGAUGUGAUGGAGAUGAUCUUUAAGGAGCUGCAGGGCAUCAGCCAGAUCGAAACAGAGCUUUCAGAGCUCAGGGGACAUGUCAACGCCCUGAAAAACUCCAUCGAUGAGAUCUCCUCCAGUGUGGAGGUGGUGCAGACCGAGAUCGAACAACUGCGUACUGGCUUCGUCCAGUCUCGGAGAGAGACGCGAGACAUCCACGACUACAUCAAGCAGGUCAGCCACCAGGCCAACAAGGCCAGUCUGAGGUUCAUAAACGUCCCUGAGGAGAAGCUGGAGAAAACUGAGAGUCUCAUCUAUCUUAUUCUAAAGGACAAAAUGGGAUUUGCUGAAGCACAUAAAACACUUAAAAUAGAGCUAGCCCAUCGGUUAGGGCAGCAAAGAGAAUGUUCCAAUGCAAAACCUAGGCCUAUUAUUGUAAUAUUCUCAACCCCCUCAGAUAGAGAUUUAGUUUUGAAAAAAUGCUACAAAUUGAAGGGGACUGGUAUAUCUGUAUCCACGGAUAGCUUAACGACUCAUGACGUGAAGGAAAAGAAAGAUAAAGGAGCAAUGUCCUCUUCUCAAACCUACGAGAGCAUGGACAUUAAGGUCUCAGCCAAGGACAAAGCUGAGAGUGAUGACUGGGACUCUAUGGACAGUGACAAGGAGCUAGAUGAACUAAACAGGAACAAAUAUGCAAUGGUGGUGUCUAAGCCUGUUCACAAACAUAAAGCAGAUAAAAAGAGGCACGGUCACCAUGAGCACGGUAGCCGGUCUGCGGAUGAGGCUGGCUACUCUGCCUCAGUUCACUAUGCUGAUGACUCCUAUGAUGAGUCUGACAAAGCCUCCAAACCCUACUAUGGUGACCUCACCCCCGGCUGGCUCUCUCAGAGCGACUACUCCACCCCCAAGCUCAGCCGCUCUGAGUCUGACUGCUCCAAGCUCUGCCAGUCCUACUCUGAAGACUUCUCAGAAAGCCAGUACUUCAGCCGGCCCAAUGGCAGCUCUCUACUAUCCUCCUCAGACCAGGAGCUGUGGCAGAGGAAGCAGGAGGACAUGGCGUCAUCGUGGUACGCCAGCCAGACCCUCAGCCAGGAGAACCCUCCGUACGCUGAGCCCAACGAGGCCGAGACCACCGAGACCAUCGACAGUGGGGUGAGCAAUGGGUUGGUCUGCAUGUCUGGGGAUAGGAGCCAUUACAGCGGCUCACAGCUGUCUCUGCAGGGAGACCUCUCCCCAUGGAAGGACUGGCCUCACCUGGAGCAGGGAGCAGACUCCGGGCUGGACGCUUCCACAGAGCAGAACCUGGUGUCUGAGGUCAGCAGCCCCUUUGACCCAGCUGCCAUCCCUGGCUUCCCUGAGAACAUCACCAAGUGUCAGGAGGUGGACCUGGCAUUUGAAGGGGAGGAGACUUUCAUGUUGGAUAUGGUGGAAAGCACCCUAUUGGACACCGCCCCGCUGGAGAUCACCCGACUGGAGAGUGCCCGGCUGGGUAGUGCUCCCCCCACUACUCUUUAUACAGCCCCUAUCGUAGCGAAAGAACCUGUUGUAACCCCGCCUGUCCAUAAGCCUAAAGCUAAAGAGACUGCUAAAACGCUUCCUAAAGAAACUUCUAAAGCAGCUCCUAAAGCUAAAACACCUCCUAAAGAGUUAGCUAAAACUGUUCCUAAAGAGGUUGCUAAGACUAUUCCUAAAGAGGUUGCUAAAACACCUCCUAAAGAGUUAGCUAAAACUGUUCCUAAAGAGGUUGCUAAAACUAUUCCUAAAGAGGUUGCUAAGCCUAUUCCUAAAGAGGUUGCUAAAACUAUUCCUAAAGAGGCUGCUAACACUAUUUAUAAAGUGACAUCUAAACCGGCAAAAGAGGUUGCUAAAUCAAUUGCUGAAGAGGCUGCUAAAACUAUUAAACUAAGAGAAACAGCCAAAAUGAUUCCUAAAGAGAAAGUUAAAACACCUCCGAAAGAAAUUGUUAAAGUUAUUCAUACAGAGGCUCCUAAAACUCCUCUGAAAGACACUCCCAUAACAAGCCCAAAAGAAACUCCCAAAACAAGUCCGAAAAACACUCCCAAAACAAGUCCAAAAGAGGCUGUGAAAAUACUUCCCAACAACACUCCUAAAACAAGUCCAAAAGAGGCUGUGAAAACACCUUCCAGAGACACUAAAACUCGUCCAAAAGAGACACCUAAAAUGGUUCCUAAAGGGGCAUCUAACACGCUUCCUAAAAUGGCAGCUAAAGAAGCCCCUGAACUAUCCACCCAAACAUUCCCUGAGCUUGAUGUCAAACACAGCUUCCAACCGAGCCAGACCAAGUCAUCCACCAUGUACCGUAGCCAGAGCGAGAUCCGGUCCGAGAAAGUUGUAGAGGAGGUGCCCAAGUCCUGGAGCAGCCGCCUCAGCAUCGACCUCACAGACAAAGCUCCGUCCUUCAGCUUUGGGUUCGGCUCCACCCUGAAGAAGGCAAAAUCAGCCCUGGAGGUGGUGUGGAAGUCAGGCCCUCCACCUAGUGCCGCACCCCCGGAGCCACCCCCAGACUCAGGCUCCUUCAUGGGCCGCUUCCGCACACUGUCCACCUCCACGGCCAACGACUCCAGCACCACCAUCGACUCAGACGUCUACACAGAUUCCUUCGUCUACAAGGCUGAAGAUGAAGAUGAGGCUGCCGCUGGUUACCAGCUGGAGGACAACGAGACCGCCUAUGUCGGGGUGAUGGAGCAGGUCCUGGCCAACCUGGAGAACCGGUCCAACGCCAACGACACAGAAGAGACAGAGGAGUUUGAAGAGCCCAUACUGGAUUAUGAUCCUGAUGCCUCUCAGGAUUAUGUCUCUGAAGACUAUGAGGCUACCACCCAGGAUUACGAGGACUCUGAGGAAGUUGAGGCCACCCAGGAGGCUGCAGUCGUUCUGGAGUAUGACUGUAGUUUGGACGAGCAAUACGACGAGGAGUACAGUGAGGAUUACAUUGAUGAUGCAAUGACGGGGGACACGGCAGAGGACACCGCAGAGUAUGAGGCCAUGGUGGAGUAUGUUGAGGUGGAGGAGCCUGACGAGGAGGAAGAAGAGGAGGAGGAAGAGGAGUUAAUGGAGGACAUGGAAGAGGGGGAUGAGAUGGAGGAGACCUCCGAAGCGUCUGCGUCGGAGAGGACGGAAAACCUAGAGGAUGAGAACAAAAACAUCCCGGAGAAGGAGGAGAUGCCUGCAGAGGCUCCGCCCAAAAAGCGCAUCCGUCCUACAUUUAAGGAGGCUGCGCUGAGGGCCUACAGGAAGCAGAUGGACGAGCUGCAGCAGCAGAUCCUGGCUGGAGAAAAACCUCCACCACACAACAAGCCUCUCAAUGUGCUGGAUCCCAAAGUCCUGGGCCUACAGGCUGUCGGAGGAGCUGGCUGCAUUCUUUAUGGCAUUGACAGCAUGCCAGAUUUACGCCGCAAGAGGACCUUACCUAUUGUCCGAGACCUGGCAGGCAUCUCGUUCGCCCUGGUGACUAGAUCGACCCUGAACAACGAGGACCUGAAACUGCACGUGUUUAGGAAGACGUUGCAGGCGUUGAUCUAUCCCAUCUCGUCUACGACGCCUCAUAACUUUGAGGUGUGGACGGCCACCGCCCCAACCUACUGCCACGAGUGUGAGGGCCUGCUGUGGGGCAUCGCCAGGCAGGGUAUGCGCUGCUCUGAGUGUGGUGUCAAAUGCCAUGAGAAGUGUCAGGAUCUACUCAACGCCGACUGUCUACAGAGGGCGGUGGAGAAGAGUUCUAAGCAUGGCGCUGAGGACAAGACCCUGAACAUCAUCAUGGCCAUGAAGGAGAGGAUGAAGAUCAGGGAGAAGAACCGGCCUGAGGUGUUUGAGGUCAUCCAGGAGAUGUUUGCGAUCUCUAAAGAGGACUUCACUGGACACCUGAAGACCGCCAAGCAAGCAGUGCUGGAGGGAACCUCCAAGUGGUCUGCCAAGAUCAACAUCACAGUGAUGUGUGCCCAGGGUCUGCAGGCCAAGGAUAAGACAGGUUCCAGUGACCCCUAUGUGACUGUCCAGGUAGGGAAGACCAAACGGCGUACCAAGACCAUCUUUGGGAACCUCAACCCUGUCUGGGACGAGAAGUUCUUCUUGUCUUUCAUUUCCCACAUACAUCUAGCGGAGAGGACAACUCCAGACCACUCCCCAGCCUUUGAAGCCCAAUGACAACCCUAACCUAACAGCCACCCACACUAUGCCAACCCUUGCCAUAACAUAUGACUGUGACGUGACUACACUGAGUCUCCAGGUCUGUUUGUGCUCCAGGAUAGUGUGAGGUCAUAUCAAGUUAGGUCAGAGCUGCUGCCAGUAGAUAAAACACCUGAGCGGCUCUAGAGAGGAUGGGAGGAGGGAGGAAGGAAGAGGGCCACACAGAUUUUCACCUUCAAGG